UUUUUAAAACGUCUUCACUGGAAGAUGAGGUGAAAAAAGCAGAGCUGAACAUGUGUGCUCUGUUGGUAGAACAUAAUUUACCCUUUCGCGUCAUGGAUCAUAUGAGUGAAAUCAUUUCCAAAUGCUUUACCAAUCCAGAGGUGGCGAAGAAUUUCUCCUGUAAACGAACCAAAGCAGCUGCGGUUACAUAUAAUGUUUUGAAGCCGGAACUGGAGAGGGAAAUGCAAGCAGAUUUAAGAUCAUGUCAGAAUGUUAGUACCCGUGCACCAGUGUAUUCUUUGAUAAUAGAUGAGAGUACAGACGUUUCAUCUACGAAAAUGCUUGCUAUAGUAACUAAAUACUAUUCUGAAAAAUCAACAGCGUUAAAAACUAAAUUUCUAACUAUGGUAGAUUUAGAAGGGGAAUCGGCACAAGAUUUGUUUGACGCUCUUUCAAAGGCGUUGCGUGAUUUAAAUCUUGAUAUAAAAGAUGCAGUUGGUUUCGGAGCCGACACUACCAAUGUAAUGUUUGGUGAACAUGGUGGAAUCAUUGCUAAAAUUAAGAAUGUGAAUCCGCAUUGCUUAUUUAUCAAAUGUGUCUGUCAUUCCACGGCUUUAUCGGUUAGUCACGCAAGCAAAGACACAUUACCGAGAGCUGUGAAUCAAGUAGUGAAAGAAGUUUACGGGUAUUUUGCUCACAGCAGCAAAAGACAGAGGGAAUUUUUUGAGUUCCAAGAAUUUGUUAAUACAGAUAAACACAAAAUACUACAACAUUACGAUAUUCGUUGGCUGUCAUUCCACUCGUGUGUGAACAGAAUUCUUGAGCAAUGGGAUGCGCUAAAACUUUAUUUUCAAGGCCAAUAUUUAGAUGACAAAAAUAUAUCCUCUCAAUUUUUGUACGAAAGCUUUAAUAACAAAAUAUAUAAAUUAUAUUUUUACGCACUUGAUUAUAUUCUGCCUUUUGUGAAUAAAUUAAAUACGGUGUUUCAAGGGGAUUAUGUGACUGUACACUUGGUUUAUAAAGACGUGUCUGAAAUGUUUAUGGCACUGUUAAGCUGCUACAUGAAAGUCAGUUACGUAAAGAGUACAGAUCCACAUCUUCUAGAUCCGACAUCCAGCGUUAACUACCUUCCUUUGAAAUGUAUGUAUUUAGGUGUUAACGUCAGCAGAGAAAUCACUGGUCUAGCAAGAGAUAUAAAUUUGAAACCUGCGAUACAAUCGUUUCUUGAGCACAUGCAAUCAUUUCUUAUCCAACUUUCAAGUCAACUGAAGACACGUCUGCCAUUAAAUACCCUUUUUAAACAAUUACAGUUUCUAACUCCUCAAGACGUUGUAUACAAGGAGUUUUCUUCGAUAGCAAAUGUUGUCACCCAAUUUCCUAAUCUUGUUGAUGAACAUACAAUUCAAAAAAUUGACGAUGAAUACAGACAAUUAAAACUUGAUAAAGAUGUCAGUGAUUUAUUAGAAUCUGGUGGGAGUAAUGCGAACCCAAUUCUAAGUGUUGAUAAAUUUUGGGGUGCCGUUGGCAAAAUCCGAAAUUCAAAUGGAAACUUAAAAUACGUUUAUGUUUCUAAUUUUGUAAAAGGUUUGUUGUGUUUGCCAAUGUCGAAUGCUGCUUGCGAAAGGAUUUUCUCUAAAAUCAACCUCUUAAAAACAAAAACGCGGAAUAGAUUUACAAAUAAACAUGUCGCCUCUAUUUUACAUGUAAAACAGGGCAUUAGUGAACAUGGUGAUUGCGUUUCAUUCCAGCCAACUAAAGAAAUGAUUAAACAAAUGACAAAAGCGAUGUAUAAAGAAAGUGAUCAAGAAGAAUACGAUGCGAAUACGAAUACGAAUAUAUAA